GAAUAGUUUCUGUCGCAUCCCACCUCCUACGUCGCGUGUGUCUCGGCUCCCUGGGCCAAUCUAGCUCUUUCCUGCUCGCUCGCCCUUCCGCCGCUCCGACCAAUCGUAGGUGCGUUCCCGGUCAGUUCCCGGAGUGCCUUGCGGCUGCAAUGGCUGCCCCAGGCCGGCGUGGGGCUGCGCUCCUUCGGACUGUGUUAGGGUUUGGGCAGCUGGGCCCUGUCGGCGCGAGAGAGUGGGCGACCCGGUUCCCGUCGCUCUUGGGCUGUCAGCGGAGGUGCGUGUCCUGUGUCGCGGGCGCCGCUUUCUCUGGUCCCCUCCUGGCCCCGGCUUCUGGGCGUUAUGGCCAGAACUCAGCUCUGGACCGCUUUCUCGGAAUCUCUCAGCCUGAUAGUUCGUUGACUCCUUGCGUCCCCGCCGUGUCCAUGCACAGAGAUGAGCAGGAUCUCCUCUUGGUCCAUCAUCCAGAUAUGCCUGAGAACCCCCGGGUCCUACGAGUGGUCCUCCUUGGUGCCCCGAAUGCAGGGAAGUCAACACUCUCCAACCAGCUGCUGGGCCGAAAAGUGUUUCCUGUCUCCAAGAAGGUGCACACCACUCGCUGCCAAGCUCUGGGGGUCAUCACAGAGAAGGAGGCCCAGGUGAUUCUACUUGACACACCCGGCCUCAUCAGCCCUGUUAAACAGAAAAGGCACCAUCUGGAGCUCUCUUUGUUGGAAGAUCCAUGGAAGAGCAUGGAAUCUGCUGAUCUGGUGGUGGUUCUCGUGGAUGUCUCCGACAAGUGGACUCGGAGCCAGCUCAGCCCUCAAGUGCUCCAGUGUUUGACUCAGUUCUCCCAAGUCCCCAGCGUUCUUGUCAUGAACAAGGUAGAUUGCCUGAAGCAGAAGGCAGUUCUCCUGGAGCUCACGGCAGCCCUCACUGAAGGUGUGGUCAAUGGCAAGAAGCUCAAGAUAAGGCAGGCCUUCCGCUCACAGCAGGGCACCCAUCACCCCAGCCCAGCAUUGAAGGAUCCAAACACACAGUCCGUGGGAAGCCCUCAGAGAAUUGGCUGGCCCCAUUUCCAGGAGAUCUUCAUGUUGUCAGCCCUAAGCCAGGAGGAUGUGAAAACACUAAAGCAAUACCUCCUGGCACAGGCGCGGCCGGGGCCCUGGGAGUUCCACAGCGAAGUUCUCACCAGCCAGAUGCCUGAGGAGAUCUGUGCCAACAUCAUCCGAGAGAAGCUCCUAGAGCACCUGCCCCAGGAGGUGCCCUACAGUGUACAGCAGAGAACAGUUGUGUGGGAAGAAGGACCCAGUGGGGAGCUGGUCAUCGUACAGAAGCUCCUGGUGCCCAAAGAAUCUCAUGUGAAGAUCCUGAUUGGUCCAAAGGGGCACCUCAUCUCCCAGAUUGCUGAGGAGGCCAGCCAAGACCUGAUGGAUAUCUUCCUCUGUGAGGUUCAGCUCCGCCUCUCUGUGAAGCUCCUGGACUGACCACUCUCUGCUACCCCUCCCAGGACAUCCCAGUCUAAGUGUCUGGCAAGAGCCACUGACCAGAACUGCCCCGUGCCUGGGGCUGGCACACUGACUAACUGCGGGCUGGUGUGGCUUGUCUCGUAUGCACAGCCCCUGCCCAGCCGUGUCUCGUGUUGGAGGAAGGCGCCUACCUUAGCUCAGUUCCCAGGGAGUUUCUGGACAUUUGUUGGGAGUAGUGCCAUCCUGCUUCCACUUGGCAUUGGGCGCACCGUUUCUCCCUGAGUUACCAGUUAUUCGCAGACAGAUCUUUUACACCUCUACCCUCAGCUCCUCCACCUCGAAGCCGGGGAAGGACCCAUGUGUCCUGAGUGAGAUAAUGCCUCCCACCUGCUCCCCAAGUCCUUGAUCCCUCACACCCCUUCCCUCUUGGAUGCUAAUAAAGUUAAAAGACAAGCA